AUGCCAGCCUUCUUUAAAACACUUCGGAGUCACUGGAAGAAAACUACCGCCGGAGUCUGCCUGCUGACGUGGGGAGGUCACUGGCUCUAUGAGAAACACUGUGACAACCUGCUGAGGAGAGCGGCCUGUCAGGAAGCUCAGGAGUUUGGCAAUCAAGUCAUCCCUCCCAACGCCCAAGUGAAGAAGGCCACGGUCUUCCUCAACCCUGCGGCUUGCAAAGGAAAAGCCAGGACGUUGUUUGAGAAGAAUGCUGCCCCGAUAUUACACUUGUCAGGCAUGGACGUGACUGUCGUCAAGACGGACUAUGAGGGUCAGGCCAAGAAACUUCUGGAGCUGCUGGAGCACACGGAUGUGGUCAUCGUGGCUGGAGGGGACGGGACCCUGCAGGAGGUGAUUACUGGAGUUCUUCGAAGAGCGGAUGAGGCUGCCUUCAGUAAGAUCCCCAUUGGAUUCAUCCCGCUGGGCCAGAAGAGCAGCCUUAGCCAGACCCUCUUUACUAAAAGUGGAAACCAAGUCCAACACAUUACCAAUGCCGCCCUCGCCAUUGUGAAAGGAGAGACAGUCCCACUUGAUGUCUUGCAGAUCAAGGGUGACAAGGAACAGCCCGUGUUCGCCAUGACUGGCCUGCGAUGGGGGUCCUUCCGGGACGCCGGAGUCAAAGUCAGCAAAUACUGGUAUCUCGGGCCACUGAAGACCAAGGCUGCCCACUUUUUCAGCACGCUUCAGGAGUGGCCACAGACACACCAGGCCUCGAUUGUGUACACAGGACCCACACCGAGACCCCCCAGCAAGCCAGAAGGGGUGCCCCCACGACCCUCACUGUACCGGAGGAUUCUGCGGAGGCUGGCCUCCUACUGGGCACAGCCACAGGAUGCCCGCUCCAGAGAGACGUGCCCUGAGGUCUGGAAGGAAGUGCAGCUGUCCACCAUUGAACUAUCCAUCACGACCCGGAACCAGAGGCUCGACCUGGCGAGCACAGAGGACUUCAUGAACAUCUGCAUUGAGCCCGACAUGGUCAGCAAAGGAGACUUCAUCAGUAUCGGGAGCAAGAGGAUGCGAGAGCCCACCCUGUGCCCCGUGGGCACCCAGUACCUGCAGGCCAGCAAGUGCUCACUGCUGCUGCCCGAGGGUGUGGGCGGCUCCUUCAGCAUCGACAGUGAAGAGUACGAGGCGAUGCCCGUGGAGGUGACCCUGCUCCCCCGGAAGCUGCACUUCUUCUGUGACCCCAGCAGGCGGGAGCAGGUGCUGCGGGGGCCGGCCCAGGAGACGAAGGAGCCGGAAGAGCCUGGGGCAGCCUCAUAG